AUGGCGGCGCAGGGUCCAGGGGCGGCGGAGGCGGCGCCUGCUUCGGCCGGGGGGCCGCAGGGCUCGGCUUCCCCCGCAGCAGCAGCAGCAGCAGCAACAGCAGCAGCAGCAGCAGCAGCAGCAGAGGCGGAAGCAGGGGCUGCAGACGCAGAGCCUUCAGUCUCGAUUCAAAGCCAAGUGGACCUGCUGGACACCACUUCGACCUUUUUGAAGAAGCAAGGAAGACGGGCUGGAGUUGGUUUGAAGAGAGUUGCUGCUUGGGUGCUGCUGCUGGCGCUUGUUGCUGCUGCUGCGCUGCAGCAGCGCGCGAGCAGCAGCAGCAGCAGCGCGCUGCACCCCGCGGCGCUGAAGGACCUGCUGCUGGGGCUGCAGCCCGAAGGCGCUGCUGCGGAGGGCAGCGCGAGCUCGGAGCUGCUGCUGAGCCUGGAGGGGCGGCCUGAAGGCGCAGCAGCAGCAGCAGCAGCAGCAGCAGCAGCAGCAGCAGCAGCAGAUGCAGAGGCCGCGGCAGCGGCGGAAGCGCGCGGCGCGGCGCUGACGCAGGAAACCACGCAGCUCUCCGGCCACUCCUCUCAGGGGUCGGAGGGAAAGAAAAGAAAAAGACAAAAAGGAAAAAGUAAUGAAAGAAGUAAAGAAAAAAGUAAAGAGUUGAAGCCGUGGCCAGUGUUUGCAGUGCCGCUGGGGCUGCGCAGACACCCGGCGGCUGCGCGGCCGCCCGCGCCCGCGCCGCCGCCCAAAACGGAACUCCGCGCGUUUUCUUUCUUCGGAAAACUCCACAAGAAGUCCAAAAAGGAAAAUGGAGAAGAGAAAAGUGUCCAAAAAGGGAAAUCGAGCGCGAAGUCGGCGAGAUCGGGCAAGGCCGGGAAGGCGGCGCGGGAGAAGCGGCGCGCGGCCGCCGCGGGCGUGUCAGUGGGGGUUUCCGGCGACAUCGCGCGUCUUUGGAACGCCAAACAAAAGGGAAAACGCAAAGAAAUAGUAAUUGACGAAAAAUACGAGCCCGAGGCGGCUCAGGAAGCCGAAGAUUCCGAAGAUUCCCUGGAAGUCGACGGCGCCGCCUCCGAGCUCUCCGAGGCGGAGUCCGGCUGGACCACCGAGGGCACGGAGUUCGAGUGCAGCGGCUACUCUUCGGACGAGGGAAUUAAAAAGCAUUAUUUGGAAGCAGCAGCAAGAAGCCGGCGGCCAGCAGCAGCAGCAGCAGCAGCAGCAGCAGCGGGCGCGCGCCGCAGCCGCGCGCCGCUGCGCAACGCCCCCGACUCGCUGCUGGCAGCAGCAACGCCGGUUUUUGUUGCAGCAGCAGCGCCUUAUCCGGAAGCAGCAACAGCAGAAGAGCGGCUGGCGAACGAAGCAGCAGAAGCAGCAGCAUUUAUCCAGGAGCGGGCGGGCGAAGCAGCAGCAGCAGCGUUCAAAGUGCUGCUGCUGGAGCCGCUGCAGCAGCAGCAGCAGCAGCAGAAACUCUCCACUGCCACUCUCAGCCUCGAACUAAUGAAACUGGAGAAGCAAAAGCUGCUGCUGAAUGCUUUGAAGCUUUUUAAUCUCCGGAGAAGAAGAGAAGAGGCGCUGGCGCAGCUGCUGUCGAUGGAGCAGACGUUUGCUGCGCUGCACGGGCUCUGCUGCAGCAGCAGCAGCAGCAGCAGCAGCAGCAGCAGCGUGCUGCUGCCCGAGCAGGUCGCGCGGCUGCUCGACAGCGGCCAAGUCCCCCUCGACCUCCCCAGAGAGGCCGCGCUGCUGGCAGCAGCAAAGAGCAGCUGCGAGCUGCUGCUGCAGCAGGAAGCCGCGCUGCUGCUGCUGCUGCAGUACGACGCAGUGGCCCUGGGGGCCCACUUGUUUGCUGCUGAAGCCAUGGUCCGCACUGACGCAGCAGCAGCAGCAUGGAAGCAAAAGGUGCAGCAGCUCCGAGACAUUGGAGCAGCACUAAGUGAGCCUUUGCUGCUGCUGAGUUCUUCUUUGGUGCAGCAAAUGCCUGCUGUUGCUGCUACGGUGGUGCAGGCGCAGCAGCAAGCAGCAGCAGCACCCCACACUCCUGCUGCGCUGCUGCAGCAAGCUGCUGCGCUCCUCGCGCUCCGCAAAGAAGCCAAUUUUCAUCUCCGCUGCUUCCUCAACCCGCAGCAGCAGCAGCAGCAGCAGCAGCAGCAGCAGGGGGGCCCCUCUGCUGCUCUGGGGGCCCUCAAAAGGGCCUUCGAUCUGCACGAUUUGGCCGUGCAGCUGCAGCAGGAGGUCUUGGGGGCCCCCCAGGGGCCCCCCCUCCCGGGCCUCGCAGAAGUGGAGCCCUGGUUCAUUUUGCUUUUUUGA